UCUACAACCCAAAGCCAUGUGCUCUGUAAUUAAAAAGAAAAACCUCAAAAAUACUUAAUCAUUUCUUUCAUACGUUCGUUUAUAUAACAAGUAACUAAACCCCUUUAGAUUCACAAACUAAAGAAGAUCCAAUUUUAAAAUCUCAAAGCUUUCUCCAAGACUAAGAAACAUUUAAGCUUCAGGAAAACAUAAGGGAAAAUAUGGCUUUUUUGAGGAGUUUCUUGGGUGCUAAGCAAAUUAUUCGAAGGGAAUCAUCGUCGACACCAAGAGGAUUCAUGGCGGUCUAUGUAGGAGAGAAUGAUCAGAAGAAGAAGAGAUAUGUGGUGCCGGUUUCAUACUUAAACCAGCCUUUGUUUCAACAACUGUUGAGUAAAUCUGAGGAAGAGUUUGGUUAUGAUCAUCCAAUGGGCGGCUUAACAAUACCAUGUCAUGAAUCUUUGUUCUUCACAGUCACAUCUCAGAUACAAUGAAGUACUAUACUACAACAUUUCCAUAUUUUUUUUAGAUUGUUAGCUAAUUUCCCCUGGAGAUAAUUGUAAAUUGUUUCAAUGAGAGGAAUAUACAAUACAUAGAUCGUAAUUGAUCAAUGCGUAUUUGCAUGUUAAUACAUUUGUGUCUUGUACCAAAAAAAGGAAUUAUACAUUUGUGUCAUUUAACUCUGGACACCAUACAUUUCGUCAUUACAGUGAAACGGCAGAAUUUGAACACUCAUUAUUCUGGUUGGUAGUUAUUUCCAUAUUUCUCAAAGAACAUUUAUGUGACUAUUAUCAUUC